AUGGCAGCUCUGGCUACAUCCCAGCUCGCCACCUCGGGCGCCCUCCCCGGCCUCACCGACAGGUCGGCGCCGUCCUUGUUCCGGCGCGGUGGCUUCCAGGGCCCGAGGCCACGUAACCCGGCGGACGCCGCGCUCAGCAUGAGGACCAGCGCGUGUGCGACCCCCAAGCAGACGCGGAGGACGCAGCAACGCGGGAGCCGACGGUGCUCCUCUGUCGUGGUACGCGCCACGGCCGGCAUGAACAUUGUUUUCGUCGGUGCCGAGAUGGCGCCCUGGAGCAAGACCGGCGGCCUCGGUGACGUCCUCGGUGGCCUCCCGCCAGCCAUGGCCGCGAACGGGCACAGGGUCAUGGUCAUCUCCCCGCGCUACGACCAGUACAAGGACGCCUGGGACACCGGCGUCAUCUCCGAGAUCAAGAUGGGCGACGAGUACGAGAGGGUGAGGUUCUUCCACUGCUACAAGCGUGGUGUGGACCGUGUGUUCAUCGACCACCCGUCCUUCCUCGAGAAGGUUUGGGGCAAGACCAAAGAGAAGAUCUACGGGCCCACUACCGGCACGGAUUACCAGGACAACCAGCUACGCUUCAGCCUUCUCUGCCAGGCAGCACUCGAGGCGCCCAGGAUCCUAAACCUCGACAACAACCCGUACUACUCCGGACCUUACGGGGAAGAUGUGUUGUUCGUGUGCAACGACUGGCACACUGGCCCUCUUGCUUGCUACCUCAAGAGCAACUACCAGUCCAAUGGCCUCUACAAGACUGCAAAGGUCGCAUUCUGCAUCCACAACAUAUCCUACCAGGGCCGCUUCUCCUUUGAUGACUUUUCGCUCCUCAAUCUCCCCGAGAGGUUCAAGUCGUCCUAUGAUUUCAUCGACGGGUACGACAAGCCGGUGGAGGGGCGGAAGAUCAACUGGAUGAAGGCUGGCAUCCUUGAAUCCGACAGGGUACUGACGGUGAGCCCGUACUACGCGGAGGAGCUCAUCUCCGGCGAAGCUAGGGGCUGCGAGCUGGACAACAUCAUGCGCCUCACCGGCAUCACCGGCAUCGUCAACGGCAUGGACGUUAGUGAGUGGGACCCGAGCAAGGACAAGUACAUCGCCGUAAAGUACGACGACACCACCGCGGUGGAGGGAAAGGCGCUGAACAAGGAGGCCCUGCAGGCGGAGGUGGGGCUGCCCGUGGACAGCAAAGUGCCGCUUGUGGCGUUCAUCGGCAGGCUGGAGGAGCAGAAGGGCCCCGACGUGAUGGUCGCCGCCAUCAAGGAGGUGCUAGAGGAGGUGGAAGACGUUCAGAUCGUGCUCCUGGGCACCGGAAAGAAGAAGUUCGAACGACUGCUGAAGAGCGCGGAGGAGGAUUUCCCGGAGAAGGUGAGGGCCGUGGUCAAGUUCAACGCGCCGCUGGCUCACCAGAUCAUGGCCGGCGCCGACGUGCUCGCCGUCACCAGCCGCUUCGAGCCCUGCGGCCUCAUCCAGCUCCAGGGGAUGCGCUACGGAACGCCAUGCGCGUGCGCUUCCACCGGCGGACUCGUCGACACGAUCGUGGAGGGCAAGACUGGGUUUCACAUGGGCCGACUCAGUGUCGACUGCAACGUCCUGGAGCCGAGCGACGUGAAGAAGGCGGCUACCACCCUGAAGCGCGCCAUCAAGGUCGUCGGCACGCCGACAUACGAGAAGAUGGUCAAGAACUGCAUGACCCAGGAUCUCUCCUGGAAGGGCCCUGCUAAGAACUGGGAGGACGUGCUGCUGGACCUGGGGGUCGCCGGGAGCGAGCCAGGGAUCAUCGGAGACGAGAUCGCGCCGCUCGCCCUGGAGAACGUCGCUGCUCCAUGAAGAGAUCCGGCAAAAUGGAGCUUGGAUGCAGAAUGGAGCGUCGAUCUGCAGGGUUCUCGUAUAUGGUGAGACAGAGCCGCUUGUUGUAGUGAACGACAUAUAUAUAGCCAGUGCAAUAAGUAAGUUCUGUUGUGGUGCUUGCUCCUUUGCAACCGAAAAAAACAAGUUUGAGGUUGUGAUUGUG